CACUUUGUAAGGAGCAUUUAUAUUAACUUUGCAUCUCUUGAAUGUCUUCAGGGCCGAAACCAUUCAGUGACUUAUCAAAAAGUAGCAAAACAUAAACAUCCAAGACAAAGCAGAGUAUUCAAUGAACUAAUGCUGUGUGUUUUUCUAAAUAUCAAAGAGAGUCUUCAUCAAAGAUGAAGAUACAUGUUUUCACGAACAUCAAAAAGACGAUUAGCAGUGUUGUACCUGCAGCCACUGGAUGGUGGUGACGGAGGACGGCCACAUGGUGACGGGCCGCCAGGAACCUCAUCUGGUUCUGGUGUCUUUGACAUGCGAGGGAGGUGACGUUAUCCUGAACGGGCCCGACAUGGCCGAGCUGCGUUUCCCCGUCAAGCAGCCCAACAACACUUUAAUGGACUGCAGAGUGUUCGGUGCCGGCAUCCCGGGGCGUGACUGCGGCGACGAAGCGUCCCGUUGGUUGGUCCGCUAUCUGAAGGCGAAGAAGACCUACCGCCUGGUGCAAUUUGAACCCCACAUGAGGGCCAGGAGGCCGGCGGACUCAGAAUCUGCCUACUUCCCGAAUGACAAAGUGGCGUAUCCUGACAGCGGUCCGGUCAUGCUGCUCUCCGAGGCAUCUAUCAAGGACCUGAGCGACAAGAUGAACAAGGACCUGACGGCGGAGCGCUUCCGGCCCAACAUCGUCAUCGGUGACUGCGAGGCGUUUGCCGAAGAUUCAUGGGAAGAGAUCCAGAUUGGCAGCGUUCGUCUGCGGCGGGUGAUGUCAUGCGGGAGGUGCAUUUUCACCAUGGUGGACCCCGAAACUGGAAUCAGCAGCAGAAAGGAGCCUCUUGAAAUACUGAAGAGCUACCGAAUGUGCAAACCCGAAGAGAAGCACAUCUACAAGUCGGCGCCGCUGUUUGGGCAGCUGCUUAGCGUGGAGAAGCCUGGCGUGAUCCAGGUGGGCGAUCCCGUCUACCAAGUCAGCCGCUGAUGAAAAAGAAACGCCAACGAGGAUCGAAACACUCAAGAAUGCAAAGCCCCAAUUACCGUAUUUUCCGCACUAUAAGGCGCACCUAAAACAUUCCAUUU